AUAUUAUCCAUGGAACACUUGUCGUACUUUGUUAUAAUAAGCAAUGAAAAAACAAAGCCGCAGAGGCACAAGAAUUUGUUUUGUUCCAAUUUUACUGUAACAUGUUGUCGUUAUCAAUCUUGUUCCCCUGGCUGGUUUUAACUGUAAAUAUAUCUUUCAGCAAUUUUUUUGGCCUCUAGUUAUUGGUGGCUGCUGUUUCUCACAGAAUGUUUCAUUUCAUAUGCUGAUAAGAUUAUGAUAAAGCCAAUUUUGUGUACAAAAUACCACAUACUAUUAUUAUUAUUUAUGCAUAUAAACGAAGUUUCCUAACAUGGGUUUUGCUUAGUUUUUUCUGUUCAUGUUUUUUUCUUCUCCUAGAUGAAUUCUGAGUCACCUUGGCUUCACUGUUGUUGAUGGGAAAUGGGUUGAGGACUUGAGGGUUGUUCUUCAAAUGGGUUGUUUGCAUGUUUGAAGGAAUGCUAAAUUAAGACAUUUCUAUUGCCAAAAGCUUCAUGAUAGUCAGGUUAGGACUCAUAGUUGCUGCUUCAUUAGCAGCUUUUACAGUUAAGCAGCUGAAUGUUGGAAGCUCAAAAUCAAAAUCAGAACAUGGUGAAGAAAGGUCUAAAAAGCAUCAAGAUGAGGACAAAGAACAAGAGCAGGUCACUAGUCUUGCAGAUGAUUCUCUCGAAAGGAAUGAUAUGGAGGAAGAAGAGGAGAAAGAGGAGGUUAAGUUAAUUAAGGAGGAAGAAGAGGAGAAAGAGGAGGUUAAGUUAAUUAACAGCAUAAUUAAUCGAGCUAAUGAUUUUGAAGAUGAUAUUCUGCCAGAAUUUGAAGACCUUUUAUCUGGAGAGAUUGAGUUAUCAUUUAGUGAUGAUGAUAAUAAUAAGGAUGAGAAAGAGAAAGUUUAUGAAAUUGAGAUGGCAUACAAUGACAGCGAAUUAGAGCGAUUGCGGCAGCUAGUGAAGGAAUUGGAGGAAAGGGAAGUGAAACUUGAAGGAGAAUUGCUUGAGUACUAUGGUUUGAAGGAGCAGGAAUCAGACAUUGUUGAGUUACAAAGGCAGCUGAAAAUUAAGACGGUAGAAAUAGACAUGCUUAAUAUUACGAUUAAUUCGUUACAGGCGGAGAGGAAGAAGCUUCAAGAAGAACUCACACAAGUAUCUUCCGCAAAGAAAGAACUCGAGGUGGCUAGAAACAAGAUAAGGGAGCUACAAAGACAGAUGCAGCUUGAGGCUAACCAAACAAAAGGUCAACUUUUGUUGCUUAAACAACAAGUUUCUGGUCUACAAGUGAAAGAAGAAACGGCUGCAAGAAAUGAUGCUGAUAUUGAAAAGAAAUUGAAAGCUGUGAAUGACUUAGAGGUUACUGUUGUGGAGCUUAAGAGGAAAAAUAAAGAACUUCAAUUCGAGAAGCGAGAGCUAACUGUUAAACUCAAUGCUGCUGAAUCUAAAGUAGCAGAGCUCUCCAAUAUGACAGAGAGUGAAAUGGUUGCGAAAGCAAAAGAGGAGGUCAGUAACCUGAGACACGCAAACGAAGAUCUGUCAAAGCAAGUGGAAGGACUUCAAAUGAAUAGGUUUAGUGAAGUUGAAGAGCUCGUAUACCUUCGUUGGGUCAAUGCUUGUUUGAGGUAUGAGUUAAAGAAUCAACAGCCACCCUCAGGAAAAUUAUCGGCACGCGACCUCAGCAAGAACCUUAGCCCGAAAUCUCAAGCGAGGGCAAAGCAGCUGAUGUUAGAAUACGCUGGAUCGGAACGAGGUCAAGGGGACACAGAUCUCGAGAGCAACUUCUCCCAUCCUUCUUCACCGGGAAGUGAAGAUUUCGAUAAUGCUUCUAUUGAUAGCUUUACUAGCAAAUAUAGCAGUGUUAGCAAGAAAACUAGCCUAAUCCAAAAAUUGAAGAAAUGGGGUAAAACCAAAGAUGAUUCUAGUGUUCUUUCAUCACCAUCAAGAUCAUUUUCAGGAGGUUCUCCAAAAAGGAUGAGUACGAGUUUUAAAUCUAGAGGUCCACUCGAAAGCUUGAUGAUAAGGAAUGCUAGUGAUAGUGUAGCCAUCACCACCUUUGGUCAUGGGGAUCAAGAAUCUACUUAUUCUCCUGAAACUUCUAGUGCCGAACUAAGAAGAGUUCCAUCUAGUGACUCACUAAAUUCUGUUGCUACUUCAUUCCAUUUGAUGUCCAAGUCAUCAGUUGAUGCGUCUGUGGAUGAAAAGUACCCUGCGUAUAAAGAUCGCCAUAAAUUGGCCAUGGCUAGGGAGAGCGAUCUAAAAGAGAAGGCAGAGAAAGCAAGAGCGCAAAAGUUUGGUAAUAGUUCAAAUUUAAAUAUGACCAAGACUGAAAGAGACAGACCUAAUAUAUCUUUGCCACCUAAACUUUCUCAAAUAAAGGAAAAGCCAAUUGUUCCUAUUAGUCCAAGUGAUCAAUCUGAGGAUGGGAAGAAUGUUGAAAAUCAAAACGUUAGCAAGAUGAAGCUUAUUGAAAUUGAAAAAAGGCCUACUCGGGUGCCUAGGCCACCUCCUAAACCCUCUGGUGGUGGUUCCGUUAGCACAAAUUCAAAUCCUGCAAAUGGAAUACCGUCUGCUCCAUCAAUUCCUCCUCCUCCUCGCCCCCCAGGUGGACCGCCUCCUCCUCCUCGUCCCCCUGGUGGACCGCCUCCUCCACCUCCUCCCCCAGGAGGCCUAACAAGAGGGGCAAUGGAUGAUGACAAAGUUCACCGAGCUCCACAGUUGGUUGAGUUUUAUCAAUCGUUGAUGAAACGGGAGGCAAAGAAGGAUACUACAUUAUUAAUUUCUUCAACGGGUGGUAACACCUCUGAUGCCAGGAGCAACAUGAUUGGGGAAAUUGAGAAUAGAUCAACAUUCCUCUUAGCUGUAAAAGCUGAUGUCGAAACACAAGGUGAUUUUGUCACAUCCUUGGCAACUGAAGUUAGAGCAUCCUCCUUCUCAGAUAUCAAUGACCUGGUUGCCUUUGUGAACUGGCUAGAUGAAGAGCUUUCCUUUCUGGUUGAUGAACGAGCUGUCCUAAAGCACUUUGAUUGGCCUGAAGGGAAAGCAGAUGCGCUAAGGGAGGCAGCUUUUGAAUAUCAGGAUCUGAUGAAAUUGGAGAAGCGAGUAUCUACCUUCGUCGAUGAUCCUAAACUCUCAUGUGAUGCUGCUCUCAAGAAAAUGUAUUCAUUGCUUGAAAAAGUGGAGCAAAGCGUAUAUGCACUGUUAAGAACAAGAGAUAUGGCUAUUUCACGGUACAAGGAAUUCGGAAUACCAAUAAACUGGCUACAAGAUUCAGGAGUUGUAGGCAAGAUAAAGCUUUCUUCUGUACAAUUGGCAAGGAAGUAUAUGAAACGUGUUGCAUCUGAACUUGAUGAAUUAUCUGGACCUGAGAAGGAACCAGCUAGAGAAUUCUUGAUUCUGCAAGGCGUUCGUUUUGCUUUUCGAGUCCAUCAGUUUGCAGGAGGCUUUGAUGCAGAGAGCAUGAAGGCUUUUGAAGAUUUACGGAGCCGCAUCCAAGCCCCUCAAGUUGCUGAAGAAGAUAGUAAACAACCAGAAACAUAGAAUACCCAUCGCAAGAUUUUUUUCCCUCCCUUAGCAUCUGCUUAUGUAUAUGUUGCCCUUUCAGCUGUAUAAUUCAUUCUGCUGCAAUUUGCAUAGUCUAUACAUACUCAUGUUAUACAAUGAUCCACCGAUUAUAUUGUAUGCAUAGUCUAUACAUACUCAUUCAUUCUGCUUA